UCUCAGACUAAAUAAUAAUAUUAUGCAUUACUCACGAAAUUGCAGUCCGCAGUAAUAAUAUAAUAAUUAAUACGCGUACCUAUCACAUUCAAUAGUAAUAAUAAUAUCCCCUAGAUCUCGACCACGUCAAAAGACACGUCGUGCGCGCUAUCAUUUUGAACCCCCCCAAACCAUCAGAGAAUAAUUAUUUAUCAUUAUUAUUGUUACAAGGAAAAAAAUGAUAAAAACAACAUUAUAAUUUAUAAUAGUUCGCGCACAGCUGCAGCUGACGACUACCAGCGCGACUGCGAAUUUUCAAGUUGAACCUGUUCGUCGUUCGAUCGUCGUAGUGGAUUCGUGUUUCCUUUUUAUCGCCUAUCGGUCCGAUUGAUCGCAAACCGCAGUAAAAUUAUUCCAAUUUUCCGAGCUGGACGUGCCGCCGCCCGGCCUAUUCACUCGUUCUCCGAAAUCCUCGUCUGGAUCACACCCAUAGGUAUCUAGACGAUAAUAACAUCGCCGUUGGGUUCGGCCCACAGGUCCGUCGAUAUAGGGUGACGAUGCAGUGUAGCAUUCGUCGACAUUUCCUGCCGACGUUUCGUCCAUUGCCAAGUUAAACGGACGACUUCAUCAUGCCCACCAACGGUCACGAUCAUGAAGAACUGGUGGUUUUGCCACCAAACGCCUUGGACAUGAGGACAGCAGGGGGGAAUAACAACAACAACAAUAACAAUAAUAACAACAACAACCAGGCAUUCAAUGUACGAGACCGCCUGUUCUAUGCCCUGUUCUAUAAGGCCACCUUGGGGUAUGCAAGAAUAUUCCCAAGAUCUCUGAGGAGGCUUAUAGAAUUUGUAUUUUUAUUAAAGGCUGUCUUAUCAUUUUUUGUGCUUGUUUAUGUCCACAUGAAUUUCUCUCGAAUGCCCGCCAAUUGUUUAGACCAUGUUAAAGAUGUAUGGCCUAGAGACGGGAUACUCCGAGUGGAGAUUAUUCGAGGUUUUCAACGUAUCCAUGCAGAACAAACAGGCACAAUAAACGAACUAUUUACAGUAGAAAAAUCAUAUGAACGUGAAUAUAAACUAAAACGUAUGGAUACUAGUGAAGAAAAUGCGUCAUUGUUCAACCGCUUCAUUAAAACUAAUAGUCCCGAGAACAAAGAAGAUGUUGAUAUUGAACCAUCAACAGAAGAGUUAGUUGAAAAUAAAUUUCGAGAGACCAACACUCCAAAACCUACCUUGUUCAACUACUUAUCAUUUACAAACUACAUAAACUUCGAAGGUAAAAUGUAUUCUAAAUAAACAUAGGUUGUACAUAUUUUUUUCGGUGCCAUAGAGUGGUC